AUGGCGGAUCCGCUGUCGAUUUCCUCAGGCAUCGCGGGGCUGCUCUCGCUGGGGUUUGGCGUCACCAAAAGCCUCGUUGAGUUCUAUUCCGCAUACAAGGACCAGGAUGCCGAUGUGGCUCAUACGUGCGAUAAACUCGAUUUCCUUCUGGGUCUUUUCGAAACGCUCCGAUCGACCCUCGAUGACUAUCAAUUCCUGCCCAACCAACAGGGAAUUCUCCAGAGAAUCGAAACACUCAUUCAGAAAUGCGAAAAGCUCAUCAGCAACCUCCAGCAAGAAUGCCAGAAACUCGACAAAUCUUCGGCUCACAAUUUCAAAGGCAAAAUCAAAACCUUUGGCCAUCGCCUCGGCUACUUCUUCUCCAAGGACACUCUCCUCAAGCUUGAUCGCGAGAUUGGCGAAAUCCGCGACCACCUCGCCGUGGCGCUGGACGUGAUCCAGCUGGAAGACAGCAAGAAAGCCCAGAAGGGAAUUUCUGAGCUCAGGUCCCUUCAUAUUUCUGCGAUGAUCCGGGACUGGCUCGAUGCUCCCGAUGCGAGUGUCAAUUACAAUGCCGCGUGCGCCAAACACCACACCGGCACUGGAUUGUGGCUGGUCAAUGGAAGCCGCUUUAAAAACUGGCUUACACAGAGCAACUCGUUUCUUUGGCUCAAUGGGUUCUCUGGAUGUGGCAAGUCGGUUCUGUGUUCCACCGCAAUUCAGUAUGCCUUCCGCGAGAAGCAACGCUUCUUCAAUAAAAGGGGCAGUUUUCCUCAUGUAGGAGUUGCGUUUUUCUAUUUCACUUUCAGCGACGAAGCGAAGAAGAGCCAGCACGCCAUGCUUCGAGCGUGGUUGCUACAGCUGUCUGGUCAACACGGGGACUGUGAAACCGACCUCAAAGACCUUCACGACUUGUACCGCAAUAGUACGCCACCGGUGGACGAAUUGAUUUCAUGUCUUCGUCGCAUGAUCGAAAGGUUCGACCAAGUCUAUCUUUUGGCUGAUGGUCUGGAUGAGUGCCCUCGCUCCAGCUCGGAGGAGGGCGUUCGGUAUGGUCCACAAGAAGAGGUGUUGGAAACUCUCAACACCAUUCGCGAGUGGGGCCUAUCCAGCCUGCAUCUGUUAGUCACGAGUCGGGACGAGUCAGAGAUCCGAGCGGCCCUGGACCCGUCAGGAGAAGAGGACGUGGUGAUGAAAAAUGCAGAAAUUGACCGAGACAUCAAGAACUACGUCUCUGCGGAGCUCAACAACGACAAAAAGCUCCAGAGAUGGUUCAAGUACCACGAUGACAUCAAGCAAGCCUUAGCGGAACGUGCUCGAGGAGUGUUCCGCUACGUCGAGUGCCAAUUCAAAGAGAUCCGGCGAUGCGCGCGAAACAAAGAAAGUCUUCUGCAAUGUCUCAACUCUCUUCCACCCGACUUGGACCGAACUUAUGAGCGAAUGUUGUGCAGUAUUGAAGACAGUUGCAUCGACGACGCUCGGCGGAUUCUUACGUUACUAUGCUUUUCUGCUCGACCGCUCACAGUAGAUGAACUCGUCCACGGCCAUGCAGUCAAUCUUGAAAAGUUGAGCUUUGAGCGUGAAGACCGACUAUUAGACCCCGAUAGUCCCUUUGAGAUAUGCCCCGGGUUGAUAGACAUAGUGCCCGUGGAUGACUCGACCACGACACUUCGCAUUGCUCACUUCUCAGUGCAGGAAUACCUUCAGUCCGAUCAAAUCCGGGGCCAGAAAGCUUCCAUGUACUCGCUGCAACCAGAGCCUUCGCACAAUGAAUUGGCACAGACUUGCUUGGUCUAUCUCCUCGACCCUGAGCUGUCUAGUAAUGACCUGGACGACGAAGUCAUCGAAGAGUUUCCUUUGGCUCCUUACGCUGCGAUGUUUUGGUAUCAUCACUACCUCAAAUCCGGGGCAGCUGCGACAGAAACUGAAGAUUUGGUGGUGAAGCUGUUCAGGGAUCAGCAGGAAUCCUUCAGAACAUGGAUCCGACUGCACGAUCUGGACCGAUCGUGGGAAAAGAGAGUUCAGUUCAAGCGUGCUCCCGACACUAUCGCGUCACCCGUGUACUAUGCUUCCUUACUGGGUCUCACCAAGACACUGUCUGAGAUCAUAGGGAUCGGCGCAGACAACGGGGUACUGACACAUUUGAUAAAUACCCUGGGAGGUGAAUAUAACACCCCGCUCCAGGCAGCAGCACUACAAGGCGAUGAAAAGAUCGUCCAAAUGCUUCUGGACCAAGGCGCCGAUGUCAACGCUGCCGAAGGGGGAUAUUGGGGCAGCGCACUACGAGCAGCAUCGGCCGGAGGCCAUGAGAAAGUAGUCCAGAUGCUGCUCGACCAAGGGGCUGAUGUGCACGCGCGCCAAGAUGCAAUGAAACCAGGCGAUGCACUGUACCAAGCAGCGAUAGCAGGCCACGCGAGCAUUGUACAGAAGCUCCUCGCACACGGAGCGAACAUCGAGCCCCAAGACGAAUAUGCCGGCAAUUCCCUAAUAGCCGCGUCUGGGGGAAACCAUCAACAGUGGUGGCGAGACUUGCUCGAGCAGGGCAGAGAUCUCAGGGCUGAAAAUGGAAGACACGGUAACCCCUACCCGGCUGUACCCAACAGUGCCCACGAGGAGGUUGUUCGAAUCCUGCUCGAGCGGGGCGCGGAUGUUAAUGCGCGGGAUGAAAUCGAUUAUGGAAAUGCGCUUGAGGCUGCCGCGGCUGAGGGUUAUGAGAAAAUCGCUCAAAUGUUGCUGGCCCAUGGCGCUAAUGCUCAGGCCAAAGCGAGUUACUUUGGACGCGGACUCGAGGCGGCUAGUGUUAAAGGCAAUGCGAAGAUUGUACAGUUAUUGUUGGAGCAUGGGGCCGAUGUGAAUGCCCCAGGGGAUGAGUGGGCAAAUGCCCUCCAUCCGGCAAUCACACUGCGCCAUCCCGAGGUUGAAAAGCUGUUGCGGGAGUGGGGUGCCGAUUUCUGGGCAAAUGUGGAGAAGUAG